AUGUCGGACGACGAAUACUCCUAUGAAUAUGACGACGAUGAUAAUUUCGAGUACACAGACGAAGAAGAAGAACAAGAUGACGCGGAAGUAGCCCUCGAGAAUGCAUAUUACAACAGCAAAGGAUUACGAGAAACGGAUCUCACCGAAGCUGCCGAAGCUUUCGAAAAGGUGAUCACACAAGAAAUGGAAGAGCAAUCGUCGAAUGGUGGCAAGAAGUACGGCCAAUGGUCUUUCAAAUCGAUGAAACAACUUGUCAAACUACACUUGAGAACCGGAAACGCAGAUGUGAUGAUGCGGCACUAUAAUCGUCUCUUGGAAUGCAUUGCCGAAGGAGAUGUCAACCCAAAUGCCAUUGAAAAAGGCAUUAAUGGGAUGCUGGAACGCGUCAGUUCUCUUUACCAAGGCGCUGGAGCACGAAUCACAACUGAAAACAUGGAUCCUCAGCGUCUUGCUCUUGCAGUGUACGAUGCUACAUUGAAAGUAUUUCAUCCUACUUCUGGUUCGUGCUCCAAUGAACGUCUCUGGUUCAAAACAAAUCUAAAGUAUGGUCAACUUCUCUACGAGAUGAACGAAACUGUCAAGCUACAAAAGGUUUUGAAGGAUUUGAAGUCCGUCCAACAAGGUAGUGGCGAUUCCUCCACAGGUGGAUCUUCUACCCAAUCCAUGGAAGUGUAUGCCCUCCAAAUUCAACUCUACAGUCGUCAAAAGGAUAACAAGCGCUUGCGUGACUGCUUUCAUCGUGCCAUGGCAGUCCGCGGUGGCAUUCCGCACCCUCGAACGCUAGCAUUGAUUCAAGAGCUUGGUGGCAAGAUGCACAUGGCUGCCAAGGAAUACGAAGCAGCCGGGAAGACUUUCUUCCAAGCAUUCAAAAGCUACGACGAAGCUGGAGACCCAAGUCGAUUGCGCUGCUUGAAGUACCUCGUUUUGGCCAGUAUGCUCUAUGCCUCGUCCAUCAACCCUUUUGACUCGCAAGAAGCCCGGCCCUACCGAGACGACCCUGAAAUUACAGCAAUGACCAGUCUUGUCCAGGCAUUUCAUAACAAUGAAAUUCACAAGUUUGAACGUAUAUUGAAGCAAAACAAGGGACGCAUUAUGGAGGAUGAAUUCAUCCGUGACUAUGUGGAAGACUUGCUACGCACUAUUCGAACCCAAGUACUUCGCCAAGUCAUCCGCCCAUAUACACGCAUCUCUCUCUUAGCCAUUGCUCAAGAAUUGAAUAAUAUUCCGGUUGACGAUGUUGAGAUGCUCUUGGUAAGUCUAAUUCUGGAUGGUACAUUGGAUGGUCAGAUUGACCAAGUCGCAGGAGUCCUCGUGAAGAAGGCUGAAAGAGGUAACGGCAAGACCUCGGAUCAAGGAAGAACUACACAGACCGAGGAAGACGUUGUAAAGGCAAAAUACAUGGCAAUGAAUCAGCUUGCAAAAGCAUUGGAGAGUAUUUCUGGAUCUGUGACCAGUGCUCGGAUGAAGGGGGAGUCAACACCAAUGCGUGGUAUGGUCCACUAG